CAUUUUCAGCUAUUACAGUCGGUCAUGUAUAAUGAUAUUUACGACUAAUACCGAUAACCUGAUGUCGUAUUUGUUCUAAGCAUGACGACGGAACAAAUAAACAACGAUUUUUAAAUUACGAAAUACCUGUAACAAAUGUGUCGGAAACCAACUGUGAUCCGAAAUUGGUUCAGUAAAUAGACACAUCGGGUCUACUUCCUGUUUACAAAUACUGAACUGAAGAAAUGUUACACAAAAACUCUUCAAAUACUAGAAUUCAGCCCAAAUGGGAGGCAUUCUAUCAAAUUUGACAGGAUCUCCAGAAACAAGUGAAUCCCAGGGGUGUAAUAUAUUUUGGGGACAUGUCACCAGAGAACUUUAUGAAGUGUUCAGGAAGUAUGAUGAUGGAAAUGGCAGGAUACCAUUAUGUCAACUCAGGAAAGCUUUCAAUGAAGUACAUCUGUAUCCAUCAAAAUCACAAAUUUUUGAGAUGGUACAAUGUGCCGUCGAAUAUGGCAGCCCUUGUGAACCAGAUCAUGUGACAUUUGGAGAAUUCUGCAUCCUGGUAACAGAGCUUAAAAAUCAUUAUCAUAACUGCCAUAAUAUCAUUACACCAAAACCAAAGAGUUUAUACAGAGAGAAAAAGACAGAAACAGAUAGCAUAAAAUGGAAAAAGCGAGAAAACACAACACAUUUCCAAGUUUUCCUUGGAGGCUCGUGUAACCCUACUACAUGGAGACAGGAGCUGGCUAUUCCAUUUCUAAAGUCACAUGGUAUCACAUUUUAUAAUCCUCAGGUACAAAACUGGAGACCAGAACUACUUGAACUAGAAGCACAAGCCAAAGAGAAUGCAGACAUCAUGUUCUUUGUAAUAGACAAGGAAACAAGAGGAAUAUCAUCUAUGAUUGAAGUAGGAUACCUAGUUGCUAGCAUGAAGCAAGUUAUACUAGUGCUGACAGAAAUAGAAGACAAUGAUACAGAAUGUAAAAGAGUAUUUACGGAACAGGAAAAGAGUGAUUUAUGCAGAGGACGUAAGAUAUUAGAAGAUCUGGUAGAGAGGAAUUCUGUUCCAGUAUUUACUGAUAUAGAUACAGCUUUGAAAUGUACAGAAAUUGUCCUGAAUCAGGGUCUGCGAGUUCAAGACUUAGACUUGCAGCAUGGUGCUCAGCCUGUUAUUCAUGGACAUAUUCCUGUUGGAGAAACACUAUUACAAAUGAGAGAAGCCUUUAACUCAAUGGACAGUGCUAGUUUUACUACAGUAGAUGAUCAGCAAUUGACUCCUCAAGAAUUGAAGCUAGCAUAUAAAAGCUGUACUGGAAAAGAUCUGGAUAGUAAAUGGUUAAAGAAAAAAGACAAACAUUCUAAAUAUUAUUUUGAGGAAUUCUGUUGUAUAAUGGUAGAAAGCCAAGUGCAGCCAGGUACUGUACAGAAAAAGAUAACAAGUUUUAUAUCCACUAUAUUUGGCAAAUUUUCUGGCCAUUCAAGCUAUUCCAUGCCUUGUCAUUCAGAGAAAGACUUCAGGGAUGUAUAUUUAGGGGGCAGCUGUGGGGACUCCAACUGGAGAGAUAAGAUUGCUAUACCAAUUCUCAGGAAAAAUGGUAUAUCCUAUGUCAACCCCUUUAUAUCAGGGUACAACCAAAAACUGAUACCAAUACAAGUGCAAGCUAGAGAGAAAUGUAGACUGUUACUUUAUGUUAUAACAGAUAGGACCAGGUCACUAUCGUCAAUGAUAGAGGCUGGUUACUAUGUUGGAUUAGGAUGUAAAGUUAUACUAUGUAUACAGCAGAUGAAAGAGGGAGCAAUGAUAGGAGGAGAAAAGAUUUCUGAAUGUGGAGUGAAAGACUACGCCCGGGGACGCGCGUACUUAGCAGAUUUAGCCAACAGAGAAGGAGUACAUAUAUUUGAAGACAUUUUAGAAACUGUAAUGUAUUGUGUAAGUUAUCUUCAAGAAAUUCCUGUAGAUACGGGAUAUUGAAACUACUUUAUUGGUUCCAUAGGACUGUACAAUUAUCUGCUUGAGCAGGUCAGGAUCAUCAGGACCCAAUUAAACACAUGGUUGUUGUGUUCUAUAACUAGCCAAUUGCAAUGACUUUCUCCAAGUAUGCGCCAUAUGUGGGGAUAAAAUAAAAUUCAGGAGUUGUUAUAAUCAGGUUGCAUUUAUCGACGGUAACAAUGUAUAAUUCAGGAAUUAUCAGCUUUAAAAAAAGAUGUCUCUGAAAAAGCCAAGCUAGCAUAACUGAAGUCAGGGUUCUAUUUGUAUCCAUUAUGUAAUAUCAUUGAAUGAUUAUUUAAGCAGUUUUGUUGCAUUAUUAGGCAUUGAGGUUAUACGAAUGUUGGCUGACUUAAAUCAAAAUUCAGUGAUUGUGUUCAUAUUUAUGUCUUAUGUG